AUGGCGGAAAAAUACAUGGAGAAAGACGGAGAUGCUGCAGAGUUUUUCUUUGAAACCGGCCGGUAUGGCGGCGAUGGAGGUUACACGGAAGAAGAGGAGGAGGAGGAGGAGGACGGUACAGAAGAACUGGGAUUUCUUGAUAAUGAUGCUGGUUGGUUUUCACGUUCUUCCUCUGUGGUUUCUCAGCAAUGGCCUCACAGUUUCAAAGAAACAACUGAUAUUUAUACAAUCGCCGCAUCACCAAACUUUGGAACACUUCGGCGUGUAUCCGGUGCUGGUUAUUCAGUUUGCGAUGUCAAUAAUAAUAAUAACCUGGACUUGAGUGAAAAAGCACCAUUGCUCACAGAGGAUAAGAAAAUUCAUCAAGCUGAAGAAAUUGACAAGAUUGUGAGAGCACAUUCAUCAUGGUCAAAAGAGGCCUCAUUCAAGGAGCAACUAAAUGGAGAACUUCCUAUUAGCCAUGGAUGUAGCUUGGUUCAGACCAUAUUCAAUGGUGUCAAUGUAAUGGCGGGAGUUGGACUUCUUUCUACACCAUAUACGGUUAAAGAAGCUGGAUGGGCAAGUUUAGCAGUGCUUAUUCUCUUUGCAUUUGUCUGUUGUUAUACCGCUAUACUUAUGAAACAUUGCUUUGAAAGUAAAGAAGGCAUCUCGACCUUUCCAGACAUGGGAGAAGCUGCAUUUGGAAAAUAUGGGCGCAUCUUUGUAUCAAUCAUUUUGUACUCAGAGCUAUAUACGGCAUGUGUAGAAUUUAUUAUUUUGGAAGGGGAUAAUCUUACUCGGCUAUUUCCUGGAGCAUCUAUUGACUUGUCGGGCUUUCAACUAGACUCCACACAUCUAUUCGGAAUUCUUACAGCUCUUAUCAUUUUACCAACUGUGUGGUUGAAAGACCUUCGCCUGAUCUCGUACCUUUCAGCUGGCGGUGUGAUAGCAACAGUUGUGUUAAUUCUUUGUCUGCUCUUAAUUGGUACCACGGAGGGAAUUGGAUUUCAUCCAAGUGGUCAAGUGGUAAAUUGGAGCGGCAUUCCUUUCGCAAUUGGCAUCUAUGGUUUUUGCUAUUCAGGACAUUCUGUUUUCCCAAAUAUAUAUCAUUCAAUGGCCGAUAAAACCAAAUUUAUCAGAGCACUUGUAGUAUGUUUCUUUUUGUGUGUUCUUAUAUACGGUGGUGCUGCAAUCAUGGGAUUUCUUAUGUUCGGUCAAGACACGAAGUCACAGAUUACUUUGAAUUUACCUCAACAUACGGUUGGAUCUAAAAUUGCAUUAUGGACAACAGUUGUCACCCCGCUCACCAAAUAUGCCUUGUUAAUGAACCCAUUGGCCAGAAGUAUAGAGGAGCUUCUACCUGCAGGACUCUCCAAUACUUUUUGGUGUUUCAUUCUUCUACGGACGGUUCUUGUUGGUUCUUCUCUAUUCGUUGCAUUUGUUAUUCCCUUUUACGGUCUUGUGAUGUCUCUAAUCGGCUCUCUUUUUAGCGUUCUUAUGGCAGUAAUAAUGCCAGCUUUAUGCUUUUUAAAAAUCGUGGGGAAGAACGCUACGGGAGUGCAGGUGAUUUUGAGUGUUGCUAUUCUCGCUUUGGGCACUAUCAGUGCAGUUUUAGGGACUUACACUUCAUUAUCUGAACUUGCUCGACAAUACUGA